AUGGCCCCCUCAAAGGAAUCCCAGCCUCUCCUCACACACCACCACCCCGAAUACACCCCACCACCAGGCCCAAGCUCUCCCGACGUCCUCCAGCAACAAAACCACACCCCGAAAGCAGAUCUUUUCUGGAUACUGACCGGCCUCUGGAGCGCCGUCUUUCUCGGCACCAUCGUAGCCACCCUUCUCUCUCCCAUAGGAAGCUACUUCAACAAGUCUAACCAGUCGUCCUACAUCGCCACUUCUUACCUUCUCUCCGUCUGCUGCUUCACCCCGCUAUAUGGUCGUCUCUCAGAUAUCAUCGGUCGCAGGGGUGCCAUGCUUCUCGCACUCUCGCUAUUCGGUUCUGGCACCAUCGCUUGCGGUCUCGCUUCUUCAAUGGAGAUCCUCAUCAUCGCACGUGCCGUGGCUGGAAUGGGCGGCGGAGGAAAACAGCGAGGGCUCUAUCAGGGCAUGACUAACAUAUUAUUCGGUCUUGGUGCCGGUCUCGGGGGUCCCCUUGGCGGUUGGAUGAAUGAUACUUUUGGCUGGCGAGCUGCUUUUUUAUUACAAGUCGAACACCGAUCCGUCUACGACAAGCUCCGCCGCAUCGACUUUGCAGGUUCCCUCACCCUCGUGGGGGCCGUGGCUUCCAUGCUGCUAGCCUUUAGCUUGAAAACUGCCGAGGAGCUGGCAUGGUCACAUCCACUUAUAUGGGGUCUCUUUGUCGGUAGUGCCGUCUGCUGGGCGCUUUUCAUCUUCGUCGAAGCGCGAUGGGCGCCAUAUCCCGUCAUGCCUCUGAGACUCAUCACAUGUAGAACUCCGUUUGCCGUCUCUAUCGUGAACCUCCUCGCCUCCAUAUCUGCCUUUUCCAUGUAUUUUUCUGCCGUUAGACUAAACUCGUCGACCAAUGCAGGCAUGCAUCUGCUUCCUCAUUCAGUCGCUUUAUCCACAGGAAGCGUUUUCGCCGGGUGGUUAAUGCGAAGGACCGGAAAAUUAUACAUGUUGACGCUCCUCUCGACCGUCUUGACCGUAUUCGCCGGCAUGCUUCUUAUUACAUGGAAUGACCAGACCGCCAGUUGGCAUCUUUGGCUAGACGUCGUGCCCCAAGGGCUCGGUAUGGCCAGCCUUAUCACCACUACCCUAAUCGCAAUGAUAGCAAGCGUUUACAAAGAGGACAUGGCCGUCGCCACCGGAAUUACAUAUCUAUUCCGUACCACUGGUCAAGUGCUUGGAGUGAGCCUAUCAGGGGCGAUUCUCCAGGAGGUGUUGUUACGCAAACUGAGGGAGCGGAUACGCGGCCCUGGAUCUAUAGAGAUCCGGCACUCUAUCAACGUUAUACCCGACCUGGAUCCUUCCCUGAGAAAAGCGGCAGUGGCUUCGUAUGCCGAUGCGCUGCGUGUUGUGUUUAUAUGUCAAGCCGCGAUGAACGUCCUCGCUUUUCUCGCUUGUAUACCCAUCGAGGAACAUCCGCUUCCGUGA